GGGGAUGGGGUUUAUCAAGUCGCCGGCGGGCUGCCCACUGGGCAGCAGCUGGCGCGAGUCGCUGGACUGGAGAGGCUCUAACCUACGGAGCCGAGGACUCCCAUACAGCUCCUGAGCCGGUGCCAGGCAGGUGACACCGCUUCCUGCAGCCCCCAGCAUGUGGGCAGGCCUGAGCCCCGCCAUCAUCCUGGCCCUGGCCCUGGCGUUGGCGGUAGCACGGGCCAAGGAGCUCAAGCCCACAGCGACGCCCAUCUUCACCGGCCGGCCCUUCGUGGUGGCAUGGGACGUGCCCACGCAGGACUGUGGCCCCCGCCUCAAGGUGCCGCUGGACCUGGAGGAGAAGGCCUUCGACGUGCAGGCCUCCCCUAACGAGGGCUUCGUGGACCAGAACAUCACCAUCUUCUACCGGGAGCGGCUAGGCCUGUACCCUUACUUCGAUUCGGAGGGGAAGCCGGUGCACGGUGGGGUGCCCCAGAACGACAGCGUCCUGCGGGCGCACCUGGACAUGCUGCAGGAGCGCGUGGAGCACUACAUCCGCCGGCAGGAGCCCGCAGGCCUGGCGGUCAUCGACUGGGAGGACUGGCGGCCCGUGUGGGUGCGCAACUGGCAGGACAAGGACGUGUACCGCCAGCUGUCGCGCCAGUUGGUGGCCAGCCGCCACCCCGACUGGCCGCCAGACCGCGUCGGCAAGCAGGCGCAGUACGAGUUCGAGUUCGGCGCUCGGGAGUUCAUGCUGAGGACGCUGCGCUCCGCCAAGAGAUUCCGGCCCCAGCACCUCUGGGGCUUCUACCUCUUCCCCGACUGUUACAACCACGACUACGUGCAGAACUGGGAGACCUACACCGGCCGCUGCCCCGACGUGGAGGUCUCCCGAAACGACCAGCUGGCCUGGCUGUGGGCCGAGAGCACGGCCCUCUUCCCCUCCGUCUACCUGGAGGAGGCGCUGGCUUCCACGGCCCACGGCCGCAACUUCGUCAGCUUCCGCGUCCAGGAGGCCCUCCGUGUCGCUCGCACCCACCACCCCAGCCACGCGCUCCCAGUCUACGUCUUCACGCGGCCCACCUACAGCCGCCGUCUCACGGGCCUUAGCCAGAUGGAUCUCAUCUCCACCAUUGGCGAGAGCGCCGCCCUGGGCGCAGCCGGGGUCAUCCUCUGGGGCGACGCAGGCUUCACCACCAGCAUGGAGACGUGCCAGUAUCUCAAGGACUACCUGAUGCGGGUGCUGAUCCCCUACGUCGUCAACGUGUCCUGGGCCGCCCACUACUGCAGCUGGGCCCAGUGCCACGGCCACGGGCGCUGCGUGCGCCGAGACCCCAGCACCAACACCUUUCUGCACCUCAGCGCCAGCAGCUUCCGCCUAGUGCCCAGCCACACGCCGGGUGAGCCCCCGCUGCGGCCAGAGGGGGAGCUCAGCUGGGCCGACCUCGACCACCUGCAGAAGCACUUUCAAUGCCAAUGCUACUUAGGCUGGGGCGGCGAGCAAUGCCAGUGGGACCGUGGGCGGGCAGGCGGGGGUACCAGGGGGGCCUGGGCUGGGUCCCACCUCACUGGCCUGCUGGCCGCGGCAGCCCUAGCCCUCACCUGGACUUUGUAGGGAUCUCCCACCUGGCUUCGGGCAAGCUGGCCUCUGCCACAAGGGCUCUGCCAGGCAUGUAGGAGCCUGCACAAGGUGGACGAAUGAGCCCAGAGGGGGCAGAGCCCCUGGGAUGCCUGGAGGGAUCCCCAUCCGCUCUCACCCCCUGUUCUAAGGGGGAGGGGCAGUCCCUUGGGGGACCCCUUCUGUCCCUGCCAGAGGAAGAGGGGCAUGGCCCACUCCCCUGCUCCUGGGUAGUUUAUUAUUAUUAUUUUGGGGUCUCUUUUGUAAAUUAAAUAUAAAACAACUGCUUCUGU